UUGUGAUUAGCCUUGAGCUGAUCCCCUGGAAGCAGAUGGUGAAUGGUGGCUUACCUAGACGCCUUGAGUCCAAGGAGUUCACCGUAGUGUGUGUCCACGUUGGAGGUACGGACUGGAAGGACGUAGAAAGAAAGGAGGCCCACGAGACGGAACUGUAGGAGGACAGCUUACCAACUCUAGGGUCCUUAAUGAAAACGAGGUGGUCUGGCCUUUGUACAAAGCCUAACCUCAACCUCAACCUCAACGGAAGACUGAGGCAACCGGACGUGGCGUCAUGUCGCUGAGUGUUGCGUCUGUUGUGCUGCUGCUGCUGCUGCUGCGUGUGCAGUGUCUGCGCGGCUCCGCACUUCCAGCCGUGUCCUCCUAUGAGUUCACUGCCUACAGGAUGCAACAGUACAACCUGGGACAGCAGAAGUAUGGUUGCCGUGGAGCCAUCGUUGUGGCCGAGGCGCGUUCGGCGGAAGAGCCGUCGCUGACCCGCCGCUGCGUCAUCAUGAAGGUGUCUGACUUCACCACGGAAAAAUACGUCGAGGCCCAGAGGCAAAACGCCGCCGCCAUCCUGAUCCUGCUGCCCAAAAAUAUCUCGGGCAUCCCCCAUGACGCCGUGCAGUCCUUCAUGGUGACUGAGAGCGAGGCCCUCCAGAAGCAGACCCUCAUGCCGGUGUAUGUGGCGCCCGAGGACGAACAGCUACUUUACAUGUAUGAGGAGGUCAAGCAGGCUGCAGCCACGCGGACCUCAUCCAUAUUUAUCCGGGUGCUCCGGAGCAUGGUCACGGCCACGGCCUUUCAGAUCUUGGUGAGCAACAACGCCGCUAUAAAGGCCGUCACUGACAAUGCUAUGGUCACACUGGAGGGAGUGCUCGCUGGAGCGGGAGAGGAUGUACCCACCAUCGUCAUCACUGCCCACUAUGACUCCUAUGGGCUGGCCCCGUGGCUGUCGUAUGGAGCCGACUCCAACGGCAGUGGAGUCGUCAUCUUGCUGGAGCUGGCACGUCUCUUCCAGAAACUUUACAGCAACCCCAGCACCAGACCUCAAUAUCAUUUGAUGUUCUCCUUGACCGGAGGAGGAAAAUACAACUUUUUUGGCACAAAGAGGUGGAUUGAGGAGAAUCUCGACCAUGCUGAGUCCAGCCUGCUCCACGACAAUGUGGCGUUUGUUCUGUGCCUGGAUACGCUGGCCAACGGCGACGAACUCUACAUGCAUGUGUCCCGGCCUCCUAAGCCCGACACUCCCAUGCACUCUUUCAUCCAGCAGCUGGAGGAGGUGGUGUCCUCCAGGUUCCCGUGGGUGAAGGUGGGACUGGUUCAUAAGAAGAUCAACCUUGUGGAGUCGACAGUAGCGUGGGAGCAUGAGCGCUACAGCCUACGCAGGAUCCAGGGCUUCACUCUGUCUCAUCUGGAAGACCCUAAAUCUGAGCUGCGUGGCUCUGUACUUGACACAAUGUCUCAAGCGGAUCUCAGGAAGCUGAAGCGUAACGGCAUCACCGUAGCGGAAGCUCUGGCCCGGUACAUGUACAACCUCUCUGACAAAGGCUCACCUAAGGAUGUCCAGGUUUUCAGGGGCCAACUGGACUUCCAGGACGGUCGCAUCUCCAGCUUGAUGUCCUUCUUGACGUCGGUCCCUCGGGCCGCCCAGCUGCUGGAUAAGGAACCCGGUCACAUCCUGCUGGUCAACUCGCUGGAGCACGAAUUCAAACGUUACCUGCAGCAAGUCCACAGGCACACAUUCAGACUGGACAAGAGGGACCCUGACAUCACCUUUUUUGAUCAAAUGAACCAACCGCUGGUGAUGUACAGAGUCAAACCAGCUGCCUUUGACCUCUUCCUCGGUGGCUGCAUCGCUGGUUAUUUGGGGAUUGUUUACUACGCAAUUCAGAAUUUUGGCUAUCUCUACAAAAAAUUGAAAGCAGCAGUGAAAUCCAAGCACCAGUAAACACAGCAACACCACAAACACUGAGCCUGUUUGCGAGGCGCUUUGAAGUCUGCACACGUGGGCCCUUUUUUUCCUCACACUCUUUGAAUGUGCGC